AGCGCCCUCAAUCGAAACUCGAAAGAAAACCAACCGGCGAGAAUCGCCUACAUUUGGUAAGAGAUCAGGAACUAAGCUGCCAAGGAGGUCGUGAAAAAGGUGUCCAAAUAUUCUUCAUUGUCAAAGCUUUGUCAAAGCUUGCCAUGGCUACCGGACCGACGGCAACCUCCAUGCCAGACUCAUCCCUCUCCCAUCCCCAACACACAUCCUGUCGAGAGGUCAAGCGUAGCUGGUAUGACUUCCACUCAACCGUCAAGGCCACAAGACGACUGCAGACAACCCUGAGCAACCGGGUGCCGUCAGAGUUCACCUUCCAGACCAUGCCGACGGUGGAAGGGGUCCGCACCCGACUCUACUUCCUUGGUGUCCCGCCUGGUAACCGGGAAAACACGUUGCUCUACUCAGACCUGCCAGACGAUGCAAGUCUAGCCUCGGACUCGCUCUCACUUGAGCCUCUACCCUGGAACCCGCUGUUGGUGCCCUUCAGAGGGUUAAACCACAUGGGUUUCUCCAAGGAGGAGCAGUUGCUCCGUGAGAGGAAGAGACUUGGCAUGUAUGGUAUCACCACGUACGAGUUUGAUCCAGAGUCCGGCAAGUUCUUGUUCCCUGCAAAUGGCAGUCUUUUUACUUGCCACGAUCCCAUGCUAACGAACCAGCCAGUAUUCCCCCGUGAGGUGGUCAGUCAGUGCCAGGGGGUACGUAUGGAUCCCAAGUUCUGCCCCUUCAACAGCGGCCUGGUAUCUUUCAUCAACAACAGUGACCUAUGGGUGACCAACACGAACACCGGUGAAGAGAGGAGGUUGACCUUUGCCCAUAAAGGAUUGCCUAAUAUAGCAGAGGAUCCUAAGUCGGCAGGCGUGGCCACCUAUAUCAUUCAGGAGGAAUUUGAUCGCUACACUGGCUACUGGUGGCAGCCCCAGCCCACAGGCGUGGUCCCAGGGACGGGAAAAGUCAGGAUUUUGUAUGAAGAAGUUGAUGAAUCCGAUGUUGAGAUCCUGCACAUUGUCAACUCAUCGUACGGCGAACACGGCGUAGACGAUUACAGAUACCCUCGUUCAGGCACAACAAAUGCUAAAGUCACCCUGAAAUUGGUGGAGUUCUCUGUGGACACAGAAGGCAAGAUCACUGAUGUGAUUGACAAACAGCUGAGUGAGCCACUGACUAAACACUUCCCCUGGGUUGAAUACAUAGUGCGAGUAGGCUGGACACCAGACGGAAACAACAUGUGGGCCCAGCUCCUGAACCGUAACCAGCAGAGCACUGCAGUUAUCCUGAUUCCGCUGCAGUCAUUUGUUGCUGUCAGCAGCGACAACGAAAUGCAGGAAUUGGGAGAUGGCUCCACUGAAUCAUCAAUCAGAGUGCUGUAUGAAGAACACUCAGACCUCUGGAUUAAUGUUCAUGAUGCCAUUCAUUUCUUCCCACAAACGUCACCAGAUGAAAUCAGUUUCCUGUGGGCCAGUGAAGCGACUGGUAUCCGGCAGUUGUACUUCAUCACAUCAGCCCUGCAACAGCCUGGUGCCAUACCAGGAAACCUCAAGCCAGCCAUUUUACAGUACAAAAUGUUGACCUCUGGCAAGGGCGAGGUCAUAGGUCAGCAGCUGUGGGUUGAUGAGGUCAGCCAGCUGGUCUACUACAAAGCUCUGCAUGACACGCCCCUAGAAGAACACAUGUACGUCGUGUCCUACCAGAACCAUGGCCCACCAGUUCGGUUGACUGAGCUUGGCUACAAUAUACAGACUGUGGUUCUCAGCCCGGACCAGAGAUACAUGGCAUGUGUUCUGAGCAACCUGACCACACCACCAUUCAGCAGCAUCUUUCGGUUGUCAGUGACUGGUUCCCAACCAUUGAGCAUGGAUGCCAAGCCUGUGUGCUCAUUGCUUCCAGCAUCAGCUGUAGCACCCACCUGCAUCCCACCAGAGCUUUUCUCCUACACCAGCUCAGCCACCGGGGAGGAUAUGUACGGGCUCCUGUACCGACCCCACACUGUGCCAGACCCCAGCCAACCACCCUGCCAGCAACACCCCACGGUACUGUUUGUCUACGGCGGGCCUCAGAUACAGCUGGUCACCAACUCCUACAAGGGGGUCAGGCUGCUGCGGCUACAGACGCUGGCCUCGUUGGGUUAUGCAGUGGUGGUGGUGGACAGCAGGGGCUCCUCUAGGAGAGGCUUGAAGUUUGAAGGAGUGCUGAAGAAUCAACUGGGUUCGGUUGAGAUAGAGGACCAAGUAGAAGGCUUACAUUACAUAGCAGCCAAGACUGGCAUCAUAGACCUGAGUAGAGUUGCUAUCCAUGGCUGGUCAUACGGAGGUUACUUGUCUCUGGUGGGCCUGGCCAAAAAACCGGGCGUCUUCAAGGUUGCCAUAGCAGGGGCACCAGUCACCUGUUGGAGGGAGUAUGACACGGGUUACACGGAGCGCUACAUGGACACGCCCAUCAACAACCCAGCUGGCUAUGCAGCAGGCUCAGUACUCAACAUGGCCAAACACUUCCCUGAAGAAGAAAACCGUCUGUUGAUUGUCCACGGCCUCAUCGAUGAGAACGUCCACUUUGUCCACACCAGUCUCUUAGUGGAUGAACUAAUCAAGCACUGCAAGCCAUAUCAACUACAAAUCUAUCCACGGGAGAGACAUGGCAUACGUCGGCCUGAAGCUAGCGAGCAUUAUGAGACCAUGUUACUAAGCUGGCUGCAGGCUCACCUAUAGCAAGAACCAGAGAAGAGGGCGUGAGGAAAAGAAUCGGGUAGAGGGGUGGGAUAGCUUGAGAGACACGCCCUCCUUAAGGUUUACAUGCAUCUGUAAAUUGUAAGACGGACCCCAUGAUACCCCCCCCCACCCCGACAUGAUGCAUCAAGAAUGCGUCAAGAGUGCGUCAUGUUCUUCAUGGCUGUGACACAGGGAUGUGUUACUGACAGGGUGAGUCACUUUUCCUCAGAAGGUGCAUUACGAUCUUUGAAAUGUGGGUCAAAACUGUCAAAUACAUGCAAUUGUGUGUUAAAAAGCUAACGCGGAGGUUUGUAGAUUCUGCAAAAGGAGGACCCACUGUUGGACAAUGACACACCAUUCCCGGAGGUCAUGGGAUGCGUCACACAAUUGAUAGGUGCAUUACUACAGAAGAAAUGACGUUAUAAAAUCAGCUCACUGUAUUUUGUUGAAAAACCCCAUCACAAUGUACAGAGAUGCCACUUUUCCGGUUUUAACCGGAAUUCCGGUGUGUUUUUUUAAUCUCACAAAAUUCUGGUUUUUUCGGCCGUCAAAAGAAACUGCAAAAAGAGAAGAAAAAAUGUGGAAAUGCGUUGAUUUUUACCUCGUUAGCGCUCUCGAGUUUACAUGAUGUAAGGAUUGCGCAGGCACGGCACAACGUUGUUCGUUGAAGUAGUCUUAAAAACAAGUCUUUGUUUUUGCCGAUCCUGCAUGCGAUACAGGCGGCCAACGUUCUCGCAUGCAGUAUACAAUGGCGCCUCGCGUGCUGCACUGCGUGCGGGCGUGUUGUGUGCUAAGCACACAAGGCAUUCAGCCUGGAAAUCAAGUCUAUCAUUUCAGUUAUCGGUGGUUUCCGAUCGCAGUGAAAUAUGUCA